AUGAAGAUUUCCUGCCCCUUCUCCUGCUGCCUAUUGCUGGGCUUUGGUGCCUGCUUCCCUCCAGGGGAAGGCUGUGAGCUGAGAUGCCCCGGAGGAGGAGAAUUCCAGGUGAUGGAGGAGCCGCCCAGCCCCCUGGGGGAGGCCGAAGGCCCAAAGCGGCGCCGUUCCCCCGAGGACCCCAACGGCCCUCUCUUCGGCAUAGCGCAGGGGCUGCAGAAAGGGUUCCGGAAGGAGCGGGCCGGCAUCCAGUUCCGCUUCGGGAGGCGGCCGGAUGGCCCACGAGACGAGAGCGAGGCAGCAAGCUUCCUACCCAGGCAGGAUGGGCAGAAACGGGGCACUACCUUGGGCAGCCUUGCGGAGGAGCUGAAUGGGUACAACCGGAAGAAGGGUGGGUUCAGCUUCCGCUUCGGGAGAGGAAGGAGAAGAGACACCUUCGUCUGA